AUCAUCCAGCAGUACCACUUUAUGUUUGACCUCUGAUAAAUUUGUUGAAGAAAAACCCAACAGACAAGGGAAGUCCGACUGGUCUACAUUAGUGUUGUCCUUCAACAUAAAGUAGCUGGAGAGGUGAUUUUGGUUGACCACGAAGAUGAAGUAUACAUGCUACUAGGUACUAGUUAGUCGGUUUGUUAUUGUGGUACUGAAGCGUUGGAGAAUAAGAGCGAAAUGACCCGUUUGGCGUACUUCAGCACGUGCUGUAUAGUGUUUGUAGGUGUUUUGGCAGUGGUUAGCUGUGAGAAAUAUAAAUUAUGCAUUGUUGAUGGCAAGGGAAGUUUAAAAAAAUCUCAACGAUAUUGUCCAGAUCUCGAUGUAGCUGAUAGUAAGGUGGAAUGUGUUGUGGCACCAGAUAGAACUGACUGUCUCAGACAAAUACUUAAAGGUAAAGCAGACUUUUCGGUAUUCUCUCCAGAAGAUCUGGUAGCGGCAAACAAUGAAGGAGUACAAAUUCUAGUCACAAAUGAACUGAGAUAUGUAAAUACACCUUUCGAUUAUGAAGUCGUUGCUGUAGUUGAUAAGAAAUCUGGGAUAAAAAGCCGACAUGAUCUUAAAGGAAAGAAUUACUGCCAUCCUGGUCAUGGUUAUGAAACCGACUGGACAAAGAUUCUGGCAAACUUCUUUGAAGCAUCUGUGACCACUCCAUCAUGCGAUCCAUUACUAUCGUUAUCUGAGAACAGAGUUAAAGCCACAUCUGACUUUUUUGGAGCAGCUUGUAAGGCUGGACCUUGGGUACAUGAUCCCAUCCUUGAUAUACAAUUAAAGAGAAAAUAUACAAAUCUUUGCGAUCUUUGUGGCGAUCCCGAAAAAUGUUCAAUGGAUGAUAAAUAUUGGGGACGAAGAGGAUCCCUAUACUGUCUCACAGAUGGAGCCGGAGAUAUCAGUUGGGCUCGUUUGGACGAUGUCAGACCUCAUUUCGGAUUGGUUCCUGGAUCUCCAGAAGCAUCAGCAGACGGAUACUAUUUCUUAUGUCCCAACGAUUCUAUAAUGCCUCUAAACAGUACAAAUCCUUGCGUUUGGGUUGUUAAACCAUGGCCAGUUGUAGCAACUAGAAGGACGGUAGCAGACGACAUUCAAAAAAUAGUAAGUCCCUUAUCACACAGUGACAGAAUUUCGUGGAGAUACAGUUUACUGAUGCUUCUUGAAACGGCUUAUACAACGUUUUACAAGCUGCCAAACAUCGAUCCUAUCGAGACCUAUUUGGACCACGCAACAGGUUAUCUUAGUGCCAAUAGCUUCUCAGGCUGCCAUCCCCCACGUACUAUAACAAUCUGCACAACUUCCAUUAAAGAACAUGCAAAGUGUUCCUGGAUGCGAGAAUCGGCCUCAGUGUAUGGUAUUGAACCGGAUUUGGAGUGUGUUAAAGCAGAUAACAAGACUCACUGUAUGUGGGCUUUAAACAACAACAAUCACAACCAAUACAUUGCUGAUGUCGUUAUCGUACCGACGGAUCUAGUUCAUCAAGCACAAACAAAGUAUAAUCUUACAACACUCUUCUACGAAACCGUCUUGGACAAUGAAAAAUACAUCACCGUAGCAGCAACAACAAGCAAAACAAAAAUGACCAGUAUGGAAGACGUAAGAGGCAAGAAAAUUUGCUUCCCUGUCUACGAUGGUGUUGCUUGGAAUACCGUAAAGAACGUUUUGUUCAACAAAUCUGUUAUCCACAACUGCCCAUUGGAUAAAGAAAUGGCUAACUUCUUUGGACCUAGUUGUACACCUGGUGUUCCUAAGCGAAGUGGUUUUGAAAAGCUGGAAGAGUUAUGUCAAGGUGAUACUUUUGAUGGAGAACUUGGAGCCCUACAUUGCUUGGCUAGUGGAAAGGGAGAUGUGGCUUUCGUGUCCCAAAAUUCUAUUUCUAAAUUUAUGGCAGCCUACCAUGCAAACGAAGUAGUCCAGAUACAAGCGAGUUGCAUAAACAAAACAUCAGCGUGCCACCUGAGUUGGGCGCCUGUUGGUCAAGCCAUGGUAAGGGGCAACGCUACAGAACUCUGGAAGAAAGACACCCUAGAUGUUUUCCUACAACUAGACGAACUUUUCGGGAAAAACUACAAAUCUACGACGAAUGCGUUUACUAUGUUCGGAAGAUAUGACGACGAACAUGACUUACUGUUCCACGAUGUGACAGAGAAGUUGAGAACUGUACCGACCCUUAAAGAAAACGAUCCAAUGCCGUUUGUGUACGAAACCUCUUUAAAUAGUGACCGUCAAUGUUUGAUGUCUGGUUCGAGUAAUAGUAGAUUUACAUUUUCAUUGUUUUUAUUUGUGACUUGUUUAUAUUUAGUUUAUUCCGUUAAGAAUGUUUUACUGUGAGUCGACAAUGGCAGCGCAUUGGGCACUAUAGAUAAUACAAGUUUACAAGAAAGGCGAGCGUCUGUUCGUUUUGCGAUUGUUUUAUAUUCCUGUUUGAAUACAUUGGAUUAUUUUAAAACUAACCUUCUUGCUUUAAUCCUAUGUAGAUUAAAUAAUACGACAUCUUUGUAUGUAGAUAAAGAAUCAAAAUGUAGUCUUAUCAAAAUCUUCUACUAGUGCACAAUGACGCUGUUGUUAUAUUCAACUGAUUACUACUGUGAUAUAUGAUCUGAAUGUAAAAAUAAAGUGUUUUAAGUAUA